CGUCGUCGGCGAUCAGUCGGGACUCGACGAUGGUCCGUUACGCGUUCGUUACGCUCGUGCUGUUCUUGGCCGCGGCGGUGCCGCGGCACCCACGCGACGUGGCCGGCCAGUCGAACGGCUUGUCCGCGUCGUACCACUCGAGCGUGGCCGACGGGCUCAAAGCCGCGGCCGUGGCCGGGUACGAGACGGUGGCCGCGGCGGCAGCGGCUGCGGCUGCGGCGGCGACGGACGACGGUUCGGCGGCGGCGGCCGUGUACAGGUUGCCGGCUGGCGUGACGCCCGUGUCGUACGAGCUGCGCGUGGACACCGACCUGGACAAGCUGUCGUACUCGGGCAGCGUGCAGAUCGCUAUCGUCUCGACGGUGACGCCCAAGCUGUGCCGGGUCGUGCUCAACGCCAAAGACGUCCGGGUGACGGCCGUCCGGGUGACCGACGUGGUGACGGGCGCACCGCUGACCGUCGGCGACUGGCGGCUGGCCGACGGCGACGAGCAGCUGAUCGUCACGGUCGGCGGCCGGUGCCUGAUAGCCGCCCGGCGCUACGCGGUCGCCGUCGACUUCCAAGCGCCGCUCCGGGACGACAUGUCCGGCUACUACAGGAGUUCGUACCUCGAGGGCAACGUCACCAAGUGGUUGGCCGUGACAAAAUUUGAACCCACGCACGCGAGAAAAGCGUUUCCAUGUUUCGACGAACCGGCGCUAAAAGCACCGUUCACGGUGUUCAUCAAAAGGCGGUCAGAUCAGAUAUCACUGUCCAAUAUGCCGUUGAUUAAUUCCACUAAAAUACAAAAUACAGACAUGUACUGGGAUCACUACAUGGAGACUCCGCCGAUAUCCACGUACUUGGUGGCGUUUUUCGUGGGCGAAUUUUAUGCCAUGAAAACGCGUAACAUCGGAAUAUACACGCACAAGCAUUACGUGAAGCAGGCCGAAUACAUUGCGGACAAAUCGCCUAAACUACUCGAAGCGAUGGAGAAAUUCACUGGAAUAGAUUACACGUUGCCCAAAUUGGAUUUGCUGGCGAUUCCGGAUUUCGCGGCAGGCGCGAUGGAGAAUUGGGGCUUGAACACAUACAGGGAAAGGCUGUUAUUGUUGUCAGAAGACUCCAAAACCAAAAUCAAAGAGUUUGUGACGACAGUCGUACAACAUGAACUCUCUCAUCAGUGGUUUGGAGACUUGGUGACGUGCGCGUGGUGGGACUAUUUGUGGCUAAACGAAGGUUUUGCAACGUUUUUCGAAUAUUUGGCAACUAAAACGGUUGAACCGGAUUGGCGGCUAGAGGACGUGUUUGUGUACGAAGUGCAUCAAGUGGCCUUGGACGCAGACCAAAGCCCGAUGCACCCAAUUUCCGGUUCCGUCGAGACCCCGGCACAGAUUCGGAGCAUGUUCGACGAAAUAUCUUAUGACAAAGCAGGGGCGGUGCUCCGGAUGUUACAGUACGCGGUGACCGAGGACCAUUUCAAAAAGGCGUUGAACCUGUAUCUGAAAGAGAACGAGUUUAAAGCGGCUACUCCUGAAAAUCUGUGGAAUGCGUUCGAAAACGUUCUCUACGAGGAGGAAUUUGAUUUGGGGACAGAUGUGACCGUCACCGAAUACAUGAGGUCUUGGACGGAACAACCCGGUUACCCGUUGGUCGAAAUCGCCAGAGACAACGACACGUUUGUCAUAACUCAGCAACGAUUUUUGGUUUAUGGUUCUAAUGUUAAUACCAACAAUAAUGUGACGGAAUGGAUUAUCGGUCUGACUUAUACGACGCAAAAUAGGAAGGAUUUCAACAGUGUUUUGCCCAAGAUUUGGCUGAAGCAAAACAAGACUGUUUUGACAGAUCCAGAAGGAACCGGAUGGUAUAUUUUCAAUUUACAGUCGAUAGGAUUUUUUAGAGUAAAUUACGAGGAAGAAAAUUGGAACGCGUUAAUAAGUCAGCUGCAUAACGAUUGCAAUGAAAUACACGUGUUGAAUAGGGCUCAGCUGAUAGACGACGCGUUUAAUUUGGCCAAAGGGAAUCGAAUGGAUUAUGCAGUGGUUUUAAAUUUGUCGGAAUAUCUGAAAAAUGAAAACGACCCAAUCCCGUGGUAUUCAGCUCAAAACGGAUUCGCGUAUUUGUUGGACCGCAUGAGACGUUGUCCGAAUGGUUACAAGAAACUGAAAACUUACGUGGGGCACUUGGCCGGAUUGAUAUACGCGAAAACCGAAGAUCUCGUCGUGAACCGCAACAGCACGGACCACACCGUCAACACGGGCUGGAACUCGUUCUCGAGUUGGGCGUGCAAGCUGGACAACGCGCAGUGCACGAAAUCGGCCUCGUCUUACUUCCAGAAAUGGCGUCGGGGUGAAAAUAUACCAGCCGAUAUCAGGGACGCGGCGUUUUGCGUCGGUGUGAAACACGGCGAUCCGGAAGUGUGGAAUAGCAUGCUGAACGUGUACGUCCGUUCCGAAUCGGCAUCCGAUCGUCAGUCCGCUCAGUUGGCGUUGGCUUGUUCCAGAGAUCGCGUUCAACUGUCAAAGUAUUUAGAAUUCAUGUUUGAUGGGUACAACGGCCCGAUUCUGCCACAAGACUUUAGAGUCAUAUACCGCACGUUGGCGUCGACGCCGCAGGGCAUCAGGGCGUUGAUCGAUUUCUUGACCACCAAACUCGAUCGGAUCGUAAACGAAACAAUCAACGGGGAACAAGUUGCCACGUCUAUAUACGCGCUAUUGGCUUCUAAGGUGGCUCGCAACGAAGAAAUACGCAAGAUUGACAGCCUGAGGAAAAACGCUUCGGUACCGGAACGUCUCCGGAAGCGAUUCGACGCGUCGUACCGGGAACAGGUGGACGACAACCUGGCGUGGUACGACGAGCACCAUUCGACCAUCGGCAAAUGGGCCGCGGCCACGGUGCUCAGGCUCGGAUUGUCGGACGACCCGACGCCAGGCAACUCCACCGACGACGACCCGUCCGAAACGUGGACCAGCGAAACGCCCAGCGGUGCCGUCGGCCUGUCGCUCGACGCGUCCUCGACCAUUUGGCGCGUGUUGUUCGCGUCGGCGGCGCUGUGGCUGUGCUCCUCGCGACGUCACCUGCCGUCGCCGCCGUAGUCGUCACCGCGGACGCUCGUCGACGACGUACCGACAGCGGCCGUUUCGUCCCGACGACGGUGUCGACCUUCUCCGGUAUUUAACGCGGACACUAUAAACAAUAAUAUCGGACUACGGCACGCGCAAACGUCACGUAGACCGACGAUAGAAUAAUACACUUUAGGUGUUGCGAGAGUAGUGAAUAUCGUUAAAAAAAAAAUUAUAUUUUAUAUAGUAAAAUGCCAUUUAUUUUAUACUUAACCACGAGUUGCUGUGAUUUGUUCACUUGUUGUCCGCAGUGAUAAUAUAUGUGUUGUGUUAGAUAAUCACGUUUUAUUGUUUGUACAAAAAAUUGACUUAUAAUAUACUUAUAUUUUUCUAAUAAAUAAUUAUAUAAAUAAUAGUA